AUGCGUUCUUUUCCUCUUUUCCUCACCGCUGCUGCGGCUGGUCUCGCACGUGCUUCCAAUUGGGAGUCCGAUGUCACCGUCACAGCCACCUCAACUCGAACUCACACCGUCUGCCCGGUAACGCAGGUCCUCACAUGCGACGCUUCGGGUCCUACGGAUGUCGGCGCAGGAAAUGGCUGGCACCCUGGCCAAGGGAACAACGGUGCUGAGGAUUACUGGGCUUCGCUCUGGAAUGAACAGAAGUCCAAAUAUGGGAUCGGAAACGGCGGAAACACGGCCACCGCAACUGGCGCACAUCCCGACAAUGGCUUCGGACACGGUCAUGGCGGUCAUGGCGGCCACGGUUCGACGCCAUCUACGACAGCCGGCGGCUCAGGCCCAACAGACACCGGCGGGAACGGUGGAAACGGUGGCAACGGUUCAGGACCAAGCAGCAGCUACAGCUACACCUCGCCCACCACCAGCGGCGGUUCAGGCCCAACCUCAUCUUCAACUGCCACAACCUCAGGCUCCGGUACUUGUGCCACUUACACCCCUGUCAAGAAUGCCACAGACGAUUACUGCAACUCCGCCUCUGAUCGCUCCGUUUGGUGCGACAACAAGGAUAUCAACAGUGAUUACUACACUGACUACAAGACUGGUGUCACCCGCAAGUACACCUUGACGAUUACCAACACCACUUUGGUCUUCGAUGGCACGGGCCCCAAGCUCGCUCUCGCCAUCAACGGUCAAGUCCCUGGCCCCGUGAUCGAGGCUAACUGGGGUGACAUGGUCGAGGUCACUGUGAUCAACCAAUUGCAAGACAACAGUACAUCCAUUCACUGGCAUGGUAUCCGCCAACUCAACACCAACGAUCAGGACGGCGUUCCCGGUGUGACUGAGUGCGGUAUUGCUGGAAACGGUGGCAGCCGUACAUACAAGUGGCAUGCAAACUCGUAUGGUACUUCAUGGUACCACAGCCACACUUUCGCCCAGUAUGGUGAUGGUAUCCGCGGUCCUAUCGUCAUCCACGGACCCGCCACUUCCGACUACGACUACGACAUGGGUACAGUUAUGAUUGAUGACACUUUCCCCAUUACCGCUGCUGCAAUGGCAUCGCGCAUUGCUCACGUCGGACCUGGCGGUUCCUUCAACACCCUGUUCAACGGUAUGAACAAGAACCCUGAUGGAACUGCUCCUGGUGGAACUCCUUUCUCGUGGGGAGUGAAGCCUUGCAAGAAGCACUUGUUCCGCAUCAUCAACAGCUCCGCACAAAACAGCUACAUCGUUGGCUUCGACAACCACACAAUGACUGUCAUUGCUGCCGAUUUCGUGCCCAUCGUGCCCUACGAGACCACUACCCUCAACAUCGCAACUGGCCAGAGAUACGAUGUUAUUGUGCAGAUGGACCAAGCACCCAGCAGCUACUAUGUCCGCGCGGUCAUUCAGACCGGCUGCCCGUCGGGUGGUGCCAACUCUGGUUUGGGAACAGCUAACGCCAUCAUCAACUACGAGGGUGCUACGCCUGUCACUCCCGUCAUCUCGACAUCCAUCACCAACGUCACUGCCAACAUUUGCCAGGACGAACCUCUUGCUUCCCUGGUGCCAUACCUGGAGAAGCCGGCUGGCACUGUUACUGCCUUCCAGGGCUCAGCAUCCACUAUUCCUGCCGGCUCUGUUACCUCAGUUGCCACCAACGAUGACGGAACUGUUUUCCAGUGGUACAUUAACAACGCCGUCAUCAACGUCAACUACAGCCAGCCUACUCUUCAGACCUUGGCACAGGGUUCAUCAAACAACAGCCUGGUUAGCAAUCCUGUUGUUCUCAACCAAGCCAACCAGUGGGUUUACUUCGUUAUCCAGAACCAGUUCUUCGCUUCUCAUCCUAUGCACGUCCACGGUCACGACAUCUCGGUUCUCGGCACUGGUACUGGCACUUUCACCUCCGACCUGGUCAGCUCUCUCAACUUUGACAACCCAACGCGUCGUGAUACUGUCAUGUUGCAAGGCUCUCCAGGCCCUGGUUUCCCAGCUGGUUACACUGUCAUUGGCUUUGAGACCGACAACCCCGGUGCCUGGCUCAUGCAUUGCCACAUUUCGUGGCACGUUGAUGGCGGUCUUGCUCUUCAGUUCCUUGAACGACCUGACGACAUUCCCGCCAAACAAUAUGUUAACCAAGCCUUUGAAGAUGAAUGUUCCGCUUUGAGUGCCUAUGAGAACUCCAACCCUCAAGGUGCUAAACUGGCUGGUCAAUCUGGCCUGAAGGCUCGUGGAUACACUGAUGAGUUGGAUAUCGAGGUCUUCCGCCCUGAUGCCAAGAUUGACAUUCACAAGUACCGCAAGCGAUACUCCCACCGCCACCUCCAUUAA